AUGUGGGGUGGUCGCCAUGGCGCCCCUGCAGUCGUCCCGCCGCCGCCGCCGUCUGAGGAUAGUGGCCGGCAGAGCUGGCAACCGAACGGGUGGACGCUGGUUGCUUGCGGCACCGAUUGCACCGUGGCUGUGAGCGGCGAAGGCGGCUGCUUCACGUGGGGCGACGGCGCGCACGGCAGGCUCGGGCUUGGUGACACGGAGCCCCGCGAGGCCCCAACACGAGUUGAGACUAUCUCGCCGAUCGCUUCUGUCGAGGCUGCUUCUCCAGGUGACGAGGAACGGGCCAGCGAGGAGGUGAGGGACAGUGGCGACAGCGCGGUUGGCGCCGGAAGCAGCUUGGGGGCUGCACUUGCUGACGCUUUCGCCGAAGAGGGCGGUGGGGCUGUGGAGCCGGACGGCUUCGUGGUUGAGGCUCUUGCUUGCGGCUGCGGCAUGGGUGAUAGCGACGCUGGCCCUCUCAUGAUGGCGCUGGUCGUGCCGGCGUUGCCGGAGACGCCGAGCGAACGCGUGGGCAGCUCCUUUAGCCAAUACCGUGAGGGGCCGGAGGACGACUGGAGCGACCGCUCUUCAUUCCUCGACAGUUUUACGGCCUCGGUCACCUUGUUUUGA